GCGGCCGUGCGCGGAAGCGUCCAGCGGCCGCUGUGCGCGACGGUGCUUGGUGGCGGCCGUGCUCCAAUGGUGCCCGAUGGCGGGGCGCUCCGCACCCGCAGUGGUCCUGCCUUCUGUGCCAGCUGAUAAGCGGACAGAGUUGGCAUGGCGCCAUGCGCGCAAGCGCAGUGACAUGACCGUCCGGCGACAACACUCCGUCAAAGGCUGGUGGAUGAGGAUGGGGUCUCGACAGUGGCUGACGCUGCUGUUCACUGCUGUCGCCGGCACGCUGCUGGUGCUCCUUCAGCUGUCCUUACGGACGCCGCUGCAGGACGUGGGGACGCUGUUCACGCCACCAUCUCAGAUGGGAGCGCCGUUAAGGCCGUACCAGUGAGGAACACCUGGCGUCGCUUUGUCGGGGAUUUGGUCGGCCUGCUCGCCGUCCCGUGCUCCACUGGGGAAACCUCACCGAUCCCGGACGGGUGGCGCGCUAAGUGGAACGGCUGUCCGACGUCGGCUGUGAUCUCUGCCGACACACGAGGGCGCCUGGGGAACACCAUGGGCGAAUACGCUUCCAUCUUUGCGCUUGCUCUUAGGUACAACAUGACGGCAGUGGCCACGCCGUCUUUGCUACGCUUCAUGCGUCACAUGUUCCCCGACACGACACUGCCUGUGGUGAGUGACGCGUGCGCUGAGCGGCACACCGCGACCAUGGUGGACGCGUUCGAGCAGCUUAGCGACGAGGAGCGGCGCGCGCACAGCUGGCGGAUCGACUACUACCCGCACCGGGUGCGGCUGUUCUGGAGCUACCGGCGCCAGCUGUGCGACGAGUUCACCGUGAGGCCAGAGCUUUCACGGCAUGCACAGAUCAAGCUGCUGGAGGUGAGCCAAGGCCGGGCCGGGCUGACGUUCGUCGGUGUCCACGUGCGCAGGACGGACUACGCCGCCCACCUCAAGUCAGUUUUUCACGGGAACCCAGUGCACGUGUCGUUCUACACAUCUGCCAUGGCGCUGUGUCGGAAGCGAUACACCAAUACAGUGUUCAUCGUGACAAGCGAUGACCUACAUUGGUGCAGGGAGCACCUGCUGGCCGAUGAUGUGUACGUGAUCGGCGAUUCACGCGCUGUGACACCCGGCCCAGAGCUCGACCUGGCUCUCCUGGCUGCCUGCAACCACACCGUGUUUGACUACGGCACAUACGGAUUUUUCGGCGCGUUUCUUGCAGGUGGGGACAUGAUCCUGGCGGACGGCUUCUCGGAGCUGGAGCACGAGAUCGUCACCGAGCUGCGGCUGGGCGGCAUCAACGCCACAUUUUUGGAUCCUCGCGGACGUCUUCUGCCCCACUGUAGAUUCUGCACGUGACAGCGGACCGGACUGUGGGAAAGGACCUCACUCUGUGGGGCAAGGCCUGACUCUGUGAGGAAGGACCUAGCACUGUGAGGAAAUCCUGACUCUUUGAGGAGUGACCUGACUCUGUGAGGAAGGAUCUGACUCCGUGUGGAAAGGCCAGACUCUGUGAGGAGUGACCUGACUCUGUGAGGAGGGAUCUGACUCCGUGCGGAAAGGCCAGACUCUGUGAGGAGGGGCCUGACUCUAUGAGGAGGGACCGAAGCCUGUGGGACGGACAGAACUCCGGUGACUGUUCGACGGACGGCGCCUGCUGACAUCCUCGGCAGCAGCCAGCGCGCAGCAGGCGGAGAUCAGCGGAGCUGCUGCAGACACGGGCUCUUGGAAGAGUUCAGUAUUACCUCGGCGGGCUGCUUCGAUGCAGCUGCUUCGAUGCGAUGCAGCGCUGAGUGACCGAGCGUGCACCAAGGUGGAACACGCUCUCAGGCAGAGCCGCUCCACGCCGGCUGGAGGUGCACUGUGAAGCGUGGCUGGUGUGGCCGGCACGUCUAGUGCCGAGCGGGCUGUCCUGUUGGUGACGGCCGACGACGGGCAGCCAGCAGUGACGGCUCUCUCUCUCUCUCUCUCUCUCUCUCUCU